AUGCAGGGCACACCACUGUGGAUUCUGGCCUUGGUUGUGUUUGUUUCAGUCAUCAUUACUAGCAACUCAGCACAAGUUGUUGCAUAUGGUGCAAAUUCAGGGGCGAUAAGCAUCGACUGUGGGUUACAGCAGGAGAGUCGGGACGAGGUCAAUGAUUUUUAUUAUGAGGCAGAUGGUUCACAGUUUGCAGAAUCUGGCGAAAUACAUAAUGUAUCUUCUGAGUACAUCUUGACAAGUAAAGACGAGCAGAUUGGGCAGCAACUGAACACCUUGAGAAGCUUUCCAAAAGGGCAAAGGAACUGCUAUACACUCAAACCCAAACAAGGCAAAAAUAACAAAUAUCUCAUCAGGGCUUUCUUCAAAUAUGGAAACUAUGACAACAAAAAUUCAACUCCAGAGUUUGAUUUGCAUCUUGGCGUCAAUUACUGGACAACAAUUUCAUUGCAAAGAUCCGAUUAUAUUACACGAUCCGAGGUCAUUCAUGUUGCCCCGACUGACAACAUUGAUGUGUGUCUGGUAAACACAGGCGGGGGGGCGCCGUUCAUUUCCUUGUUAGAGCUAUGGCCUUUGUUGAAUUCUCUAUAUCAGCCCAUGUCCAGUUCACUCCCGCUCGAACUCAUCUCACGUCCUAACCUGGGCAUGACUGAAGAUUUUGUUUUCAUCAGAUAUAUUGACGAUGUUUAUGGUAGGUCCUGGUUCAAUAAAACGAUCGACAACUCAAUGCCGAUCAUGACAUCAGAUGCGAUUGAAAGUGAUUCAACAGCCUACAAACUACCAUAUGAAGUGUUGAGAACUGCGAUCCAAUCACCGAAUGAUAACUUAUUGAUCAACUGGGAUUACCUUGAGGGUUAUGAGUAUUAUGUUUACCUUCACUUUUUCGACUUUGUUGCGCAUGAGAAUCAACAAAGAAGCAUGGAAAUUGCUUUCACUGAUACGAUCCGAGAGAACGGAGUUUCUCCCGAUAAUAUUUUAAUCACGUCCUUGCCAAGUUCUCGUUUACCUCCCAUGAUCAAUGCUUAUGAGGUUUAUAAAGUACUGCCCCAGCCUAAUUCAUCAACUAAUGAAGGAGAUGGCAAAUUUAACUACUAUGAUUGCAUACUAAACCCUGAAACGCUACCUCUGCUUGAAAUGACAGUCAAGGCUAUGCAAAACAUCAAGCAUGCUUAUGACAUCAAAAGAAUCGACUGGCAAGGAGAUCCCUGCAUGCCAAUAGAUUAUAGAUGGGAAGGUCUGACUUGCAACUCUGACAGCAUUCCAAGGGUCACUUCAUUGAAUUUGAGCUCAGGCAAUCUGAUCGGAGAGAUAAAUACUUCAUUCUCCAAUCUCCAAAAGUUGGAGUCCUUGGACUUGUCUAACAACCUAUUGAUUGGAGAAAUACCUUCAUUUCUAGCAGAACUGCCAAAUUUGAAAUUACUUAAUUUGACAGGAAAUAACCUCACAGGUUCAAUUCCCAAGGCUCUAAGGGAGAAGUCCGGUACCACUUUGACACUAAGUUUGGAUGCAAAUCCAGGUCUCUGGCUGGUAGACUCUUGCUUAAAGAAAACACAGAAGACCAUUAUAACACUGAUUGCAUCUGUAGUAGCUUCUGUAGUUGUUCUUGUGACAGCAGUCUGCAUUCUUGUGAUAUUCUGCAAAUACAAAAGGAAAAAACGAGGUGAUAUGGAAGGUCACCUAGUGAAGUAUACUUCAUCUGGGAAAGAUGGGAAACUGAAAUCAAAGAAUCGAGCGUUUAAUCACUCUGAAGUUGUUAGCAUGACCAAUGACUUUGAAAUUGUGAUUGGACAAGGGGGGUUUGGAAAAGUGUACCUUGGUAAACUUCAAGAUGAUACACAAGUUGCGGUAAAGAUACUGUCCAAGUCAUCACAACAAGGGUUUAAGGAAUUCCAAUCUGAGGCAGAACUUUUGAUGAUUGUUCAUCACAGGAACUUGGUUUCUCUUACUGGCUAUUGUGAUGAUGGUGACGUGAAAGCACUGGUUUAUGAAUAUAUGAAUGGAGGAGAUCUUCGACACAAAUUAUCAGAUAAGAAUGCGUAUGUUUUGACAUGGAAUGAGAGACUUCAUAUUGCAUUGGAUGCCUCAUAUGGAUUGGACUAUCUACAUAAUGGUUGUAAGCCACCAAUAAUCCAUAGAGACAUUAAAACUUCCAAUAUUUUGCUAAGCAAAAACAUGCAAGCCAAGAUUGCUGAUUUCGGACUGUCUAGGGCUUUCUUCAAUGAUUUUGACACUCAUUUUUCAACUCGCCCUGCUGGCACAUUAGGCUACCUUGAUCCUGAAUUCCAUAGCUCUGGAAACUUGAAUAAGAAAAGUGAUGUUUAUAGUUUUGGGAUAAUUUUACUUGAGCUGAUGACCGGCCGACCAGCAAUGAUAGGAAUGCCUGGCAACACAAGUCAUGUAGCGGAUUGGGUCACUCCAAAGCUAAGGAGUGGGGAUAUCCAAUCCAUUAUGGAUCCAAGACUAGAGGGAAAAUUCAAUACAGCUUCAGCAUGGAGGUUUUUAGAGAUGGCCAUGUCUUGCGUUCUACCAACUGCAAUCCAAAGGCCUGACAUUAGUCUUGUAGUAGCUGAGUUAAGGGAAUGCUUGGCUCUAGAAAUAUCCCUUGAAAAUGCAGAAAGCAACUCUGGAAUUUCUAGCUCUGCAUUGAGCAUCAGUUUUUCUCAGUCUGAAUCAGAUUUAGCUCCAUAUGCCAGGUAG